UUCGUGACCCUUCCUCCGCCCCCGGGGGUGGCGUGGGGGGGGGGGGCUCCUGCCUAGCGCCACUCAAGCCCCGCCCCGCCGACCCCCGUCUCUCCUGGACCCGGGGUUCUAGAGCGACAGGCUUUCGCCAACCUCCUGCGGCGCUCUGGCUCCUGACUCUCCCGGGCCCCAUCCUCCGCUCCUCCUCGCCAGCGAAGCAUCCCGUCACCUUCCCAACGCAGGGAGCAGCCCCAUCCCAGGGCUUUGGCUCUCACCAAUGAUACUGUGAGUGUUGGGGAGUCCUUGUUGCCCUUGAGGGCCCUUACCCUAGAGUGGCCAUCUGCUUGUUAUCAGCAUGGCGUCCGAUACGCCUGAGUCCCUGAUGGCCCUCUGUACUGACUUCUGCCUGCGCAACCUUGAUGGCACUCUGGGCUACCUGCUAGACAAAGAGACCCUGCAACUGCAUCCAGACAUCUUCUUGCCCAGCGAGAUCUGUGACCGGCUGGUCAAUGAGUACGUGGAGCUGGUCAGUGCUGCCUGCACCUUCGAGCCACACGAGAGCUUCUUCAGCCUCUUCUCAGAGCCCCGUAGCACUCGCCUCACCCGGAUCCACCUCCGUGAGGACCUGGUGCAAGAUCAGGACCUAGAGGCCAUUCGCAAGCAGGACCUGGUGGAGCUGUACCUAACCAAUUGUGAGAAGCUGUCUGCCAAAAGCCUGCAGACGCUGCGGAGCUUCAGCCACAGCCUGGUGUCCUUGAGCCUCUUUGGUUGUGCCAACAUUUUCUACGAGGAGGAGAACCCUGGGGGCUGUGAAGACGAGUGCCUCGUCAACCCCACUUGCCAGGUGCUGGUCAAGGACUUCACCUUUGAGGGCUUCAGCCGGCUGCGCUUCCUCAACCUGGGCCGCAUGAUCGACGGUGUCCCUGUGGAGUCACUGCUGCGGCCGCUCAGCUCACUGGCUGCCUUGGACCUCUCUGGCAUCCAGACCAGUGAUGCCACCUUCCUAACCCAGUGGAAGGACAGCCUGGUGUCUCUUGUGCUCUACAACAUGGACCUUUCAGAUGACCACAUCCGUGUCAUCGUCCAGCUGCACAAGCUGCGCCACCUAGACAUCUCCAGAGACCGUCUCUCCAGCUACUACAAGUUCAAGCUGACUCGGAAGGUGCUGAGCCUCUUGGUGCAGAAGCUGGGGAACCUGAUGUCCCUGGAUAUCUCUGGCCACAUGAUCCUGGAGAACUGUAGUAUUUCUAAGAUGGACGAGGAGGCGGGACAGACCAGCAUCGAGCCUUCCAAGAGUAGCAUCAUGCCUUUCCGAGCUCUGAAAAGGCCACUGCAGUUUCUCGGGCUCUUUGAAACCUCUCUGUGUCGCCUCACACACAUUCCAGCCUACAAAGUAAGUGGUGACAAAAAUGAGGAGCAGGUGCUGAACGCCAUUGAGGCCUACACGGAACACCGGCCUGAGAUCACUUCCCGGGCCAUCAACUUGCUCUUUGACAUCGCACGCAUUGAACGUUGCAACCAGCUUCUGCGGGCCCUGAAGCUGGUCAUCACAGCCCUCAAGUGCCACAAGUAUGACAAGAACAUUCAAGUGACGGGGAGCGCUGCCCUCUUCUACCUGACCAAUUCCGAGUACCGUUCAGAGCAGAGUGUCAAGCUGCGCCGGCAGGUCAUCCAGGUGGUGCUGAAUGGCAUGGAGUCCUACCAGGAGGUGACGGUGCAACGGAACUGCUGCCUGACUCUCUGCAACUUCAGCAUCCCUGAGGAACUGGAGUUCCAGUACCGCCGGGUCAACGAGCUCCUGCUCAGCAUCCUCAACCCCACGCGGCAGGAUGAGUCCAUCCAGCGCAUCGCCGUGCACCUGUGCAAUGCCCUGGUCUGUCAGGUGGACAACGACCACAAGGAGGCUGUGGGCAAGAUGGGCUUUGUUGUGACCAUGCUGAAGCUGAUUCAGAAGAAGCUGUUGGACAAGACGUGUGACCAGGUCAUGGAGUUCUCCUGGAGUGCCCUGUGGAACAUCACGGAUGAGACACCUGACAACUGUGAGAUGUUCCUCAACUUCAAUGGCAUGAAGCUCUUCCUGGACUGUCUGAAGGAAUUCCCAGAGAAGCAGGAAUUGCAUCGGAACAUGCUAGGGCUCCUGGGAAAUGUGGCGGAGGUGAAGGAGCUUCGGCCUCAACUGAUGACUUCCCAGUUCAUCAGUGUCUUCAGCAACCUGCUGGAGAGCAAGGCUGAUGGCAUCGAGGUUUCCUAUAAUGCCUGUGGUGUCCUCUCCCACAUCAUGUUCGAUGGGCCUGAGGCCUGGGGUGUCUGUGAACCCCAGCGGGUGGAAGUGGAGGAGCGUAUGUGGGCGGCCAUCCAGAGCUGGGACAUCAACUCCCGAAGAAAUAUCAAUUACAGGUCUUUUGAACCAAUCCUCCGCCUCCUUCCCCAGGGCAUCUCUCCCGUCAGCCAACACUGGGCAACCUGGGCCCUGUACAACCUCGUGUCUGUCUACCCUGACAAAUACUGCCCCUUGCUGAUCAAAGAAGGUGGGAUGCCCCUUCUGAGAGACAUGAUCAAGAUGGCCACUGCCCGGCAGGAGACCAAGGAAAUGGCCCGCAAGGUGAUUGAGCACUGCAGUAACUUUAGAGAGGAGAACAUGGACACAUCCAGAUAGAGGCUCCACCCCACAGCCGCCGCUGCUCGGACCACAGGCAAAGAGGAGACACUCAAGGCCCAGUGGGCAGGCCCAAGAGCCUCCCACAGGAUGAAGAGACAGAGGGGACUUUUGCACAACCGACGCUUUUCCUUAACAUUAGUGAGAUAUAUAUAUAUUAUAUAUAUUAUUUUUUUUUUUUGUUUUGGUUAGGAAGUGUGAAGUUUUGUGUGUAUGACUUCUGUACAAAAACAAAAGCAAUCUCCUGAGUCUUCGCAGCUUCCUUGGCCAUUCUCAAACCAUCUCUAAGCCUUCAUUGCUGCCACACUCCCUCCAACGCUGUGAGUGUCCAGUCUUUUUCCAGUGAGCAUAGACCCUGGCUGAGCUUCUGUCUAUUGUGAAAGGAGCUGGCCCUUACCAGGCCAUUCCAGCAACCCCCACACCAUCCCUACCUAAGCUCCCCAUCUGGGCUCCCAGGUGAGGCUGAUGGAGUUUUGGGAUUAAGACUAACCCCAAUGGGUCUCCCAGAAGCCUUGGUGCUCCGGGCUAUGGGCUAUCUGGGUCCAGAAGGUGAGCUGCUCCAGGUCUGGGCCCUGGAAGACCCUGGAAGAGUGUGGCUCCCACUGGCCCACCACUCUGGCCAGGCCUGCCCGUGGCCAUGCUGCUAUGGAGACUGCCUCUGAGUCUCCCUCAGGCCCCAGGCUGUUGAAGGCCCCAGGCCAGGGAUGGUCAGAACUCAGGGGUAGAUUCCACUGCCCCCUCUGCCAAACCAUACCCACCUGCCCUAGGUCUGGGAACCAGCACCUUCCAGGGCCAAGGUCUUGCUCUCUUGCUCCAUAUCCCUCAUCUGCCACAAGUACCCCAGGUGCCCAGGCACUCCCACCAGCACAACUGAGCCCAUCCUGCUGCCCAGAGGACCUCACAGCUCCCUCUGAGGCAGGAGAUUCCCCACUCCCACCAUAACCAGAGGCAGCGGGCAGCCACUUCUAGACCAGCACUUGGCCAGCCCUCUCCUACUUCUCCUACUAGCUCAGGCUGUCCCUGGGAAGUUGCCCCACUGUGCCUCAGACACAGUAACAGCUGUCUCAGCCGUUUGUUGACCUCCCUUGCUGAAUCUCAGCAUUGCUUCUCAUGGACAUAUGGGUGCUGAGGAAACCCAUACCGAACAGGCAGGCCUGGGGAGCAAAGUUGACCCUGGAGGAUGCCCUUGGGUGACUUGUUCUUCCUUCUUCCUUUCCCAGACAUGUUCUUGGACUCUCUUGGUAUGUCUGCCUCCAGGCAGAAGGGGUCUGGUUCACAGAACUUGGAGGUAACUGGCCUCUUUUGGUGAGCCGCAUGCCUGGGCUAUAGAAGGCUUAGCCCUAUUUUUCCAGUGUGGCAGAUGAUCUGCCUUGGCCCCUCCUUUCCAUCCCAGGCCCUCCUGGCCCCACCCAGACCCCAGGCAGACUUCACAUCACAUUGCUUUACCACUUGGGGCCUGGGGAAAUGUCUGUACUUUGGGAUGUCACAGAAAUACAUUUUUGUGCAAAGUGCAAAA